AUGCCGGAUAUCAAGCAGUUCCACAAGCAUCGCCUGAUGGAGAGGAGAAGCGAGAGCGAACAGGGCCACCCCAACUCCCCUAAAAUCGAAUCCCUUCUUUAUGGUCCAUCGCAAAGCCCCAAACCUGAAUGUUAUCUGGUACAGUACAUGACGGUUCCACUACCAGCUGGUCCCGGGGGAAAGGAGUGCAACUACAAGUAG